UGUUUUCUUUCAAGUUUAAUCUUGUAGACUGUCUAGUUAAGUGUUUAGUGUCAGCUGAAUUCUCAUAUGGAUCACAUUGUCAAUAAUAGCACUCCGUGAAGAUUAAAGGAUUUAUAUCAAGAAAUGGGAUCCCAAUCUAAAUUUAAAUGCACCGAAUGUGGAUUAAAAUCACCAUGUCUUUCCAAAUUUCGCGAGCAUCAAUAUCUACACUCUGGACAGAAACCGUUUAAUUGCGAUUUUUGCGGUCGGAUGUUUGCAUUGCGAAAAUAUGUUCGCAAGCAUUGUCGACUAGUUCACAAUACUGAAUCCCUGAUUCAUACUGGCCUGGAUACAUUUGAGGGUAUUGAAGAGUAUGAUGAAGCAAUGUUGGAGAAAAAAUCCGAUUUCAACAUUGAUUAUGAAUCCAAGGCAACUUUGGAUCCCGUAGAACCUUGUAAACCUAAACUGUCCUGUCGAAUACUUCGUUGUUCAACCUGUGGACUGGAGUUUAAAAAGAGAUCAUACUUAAAACAACAUGAGUUUACUCACACGGGGUUAAAACCCUUCUCAUGUUUUGUCUGCGGUGAUAAGUUUGCAUUUAAGAGAUAUGCUCUACGGCAUUUGCGAAAAAGGCACGGAAGUAACUCCAACGACUUAGUGGUUAAAACAAACGAAGACUCGAUGGCUUUGAGUUCUGUAAAGAGCUCUACAUAUUUGAAACUGGUGAAGUCUAAAGAAUCCAAUAUAUUUCACUGUGUCCUUGGAGCUAAGCUAGCAGAAAAGCGGAAUCCCAAACAAUCUCGGCGAAAGUUUAGCUGUUCUAAAUGUGGACUGAAAUUCUUUAAGCAGAGCGGUCUUCGGAAUCAUGAGUUUCUUCAUACGGGGUUAAAGCCAUUUUCAUGCCUACUUUGCACCAGAAACUUUGCACUUGAAGAUUAUAUUCGAAAACAUUUAAAAAGAUUUCAUAAUAGGACAACAUCUGAAGUUGGAGAAUUGUACAGCAACGAUUCUUUACCUCAAGAACUUUCAAGUGACAAGAUAAAAAUGGAUUCUACAACCUUUAAAUCCAACGCGACGACCAAUUUUUCCUGCAAUUUUUGUGACAGAAAGUUCUCUUUUGAAUUCUCUCGAAUCCAACAUUACAGACGGGUACAUGGAGCAGAGAUGGGUAAAGAUGUUACUAGUGUGAACCCAGUUAAGAAAGAGAAGGGAGUUGACACUGACAACACUAAUGCAGGUCAGGAUAUAAAGGAGGACCAAGAUUUAAUUUAUACUAAGGACCAAGUUAUCAAACAUGAGCACGCAAAUAUCCAUCUUGUCAAUCCUGAUAUCCAACUACAGGAGCCAGAAAUCCGUUUUAAGGACCUUGUUAUGAAGACAAAGGACACAGAUACACAACUCGUGGACCCAGAUAUCCAACUCGUGGACCCAGGUAUCCAACUCAAGGACCCAGGUUUCAAACUCGUGGACCCAGGUAACCAACUUGUGAAACCUGAUACCCAACUUAUGGACCCAGAUAUUCAACUCGUGGACCCAUAUAUUCAACUUAAAGAUAAUAUGAAAAUGGAAUCUAAAACUUCAAACGAAGUAAUGAACCAAUUUGGCUGUAAGUUUUGUGAUAGUAAGUUCUCUUUCAAAUUCUCCCGAAUCCAGCACUGUAAACGGGUACAUGGAGCAGAGAUGGAUAAAGAUGUAACUAUUGAGAUCCUAGGGAAGAGAGAUUCGACGGGUGACACUGACUGCAAUGGAGGUCAGGAUAUCUUGAAGCAUGAGGAUAUGCAGCAAAACAGGAUAAAUAUCGCGGUUCAAGGUUUGAAUUACGAGAAUCAAGAUUUACAAAAUGUGGACGUUGGUAACAAACUUAGAGACAAUAUAAUAAUAGAUUCAAAGACUGUCAAAUCCGAAGUAAGGGACCAAUUUCCUUGCGAGUUUUGUGGCAAAAAGUUCUCACUUAAUUUCUUUCGAAUCCAGCACUGUAAACGGGUACAUGAAGACGAGAUGGGUGAAGAAGAACCAGAGAUUGAUGGUUCCAAGAACACAGAUAUCCAACAUGAGAACCCAGAUAUUCAGUUAGAGGACACAGAUAUCCAACUGGACGACACUGAUAUCCAACUUGAAGACCAAGAUAUCCUACAUGGAGGCCAAGAGAAGUCUGAUAUCCAAGAGAACACAGAUAUAGAAAAUGAGUUCUCGGCAUUUCAGUUUGUAGAACAGGACCGUGAAAAUGUUGAUAUUUCAUUUAUGGAAGGAAUCUAUGACAAUGAAGAUGGAUAUGAAAAUAAUGUUGAAUCUGAUCCUGAAACCCCGGAAGAGGAUGAGGACGAGCAACAUGGAGUUGAAGUUGAUGAUAAUCCAAGGAACAGCAAUAAAAAGUGGACUGUCAUAUUCUCAAAUUUUUCUGUAAAUGAUGCCCUCAAGUUCUUUGAUGAAAAUUAUCCUCAUCUUGGUGAGUGAUUCGGUGGUAUCUUAUUAAAUGUGUCGUGAACCCUCCUUCCCCCUCAAUUUCUUUCAGAAAAGAAAAAUAUCCUUCCGUGACUAUUCUAUCUUAGUCGAACUUGGAAUCAAGAGAGUUUAAUCUUGUUGAGAAG